UAGCAACUACUUACUCUUAAACAUCAGUUUCAAGUAUUAUCUAUAGUUUCUGAAAUUACAAGUGCUCUUGAUAUCUAAAUCUUCAUCGUAUUAUUUUACUAUGGCGUUUCAAGAGAUUCUUACUAGUGGUGCAACAGAAAUCUUAAACAAAUUGGUUCCUAUUGUUGCUCAAGAAAUAAGUCUGGCAUGGGGUGUUAAAGAUGACUUGAAAAAGCUUCAAAACACCUUAGAGAUGAUUCUUGCCGUCAUAGCUGACGCUGAAAGGAGGCAAGAGACCGAACAAGCUGUGAGACUUUGGUUGAAAUGGCUCAAGGAUGUGGCUUACGAUGCAGACGAUGUGAUGGACGAGUUCUCUUAUGAAAACUCACGUCGGGGUCAAAGAGGGGAGCGCUUGAAGGAUAAGGUGCUCGAUUUUGUUUCAUCAUCCAACCCACUUGUGUUUCGUUUUAAGAUGGCAAGAAAAAUAAAAGGGAUAAACAAAAUAUUAGAUGAAAUUACAAAAGAUAUGGAGAGGUUUCAGUUGAAAAUUAUAACUACUGAUGCUCAUGGGGAAAGUAGAGAGCGACGAAGCCGGCAAACCACAUCCUUCGCGAGCCAGACACAAAUUGUAGGAAGGGAGGAUGACAAAAAUAAACUUAUAAAAAUUCUAACAACGGUCACGGCACCAUCAUCGGCCUCACCAAGCAGUCAUCUCCGAGAAGUACUUCCUGUCGUAUCUAUAGUGGGGAUGGGAGGACUUGGAAAGACGACACUUGCUCAGCUCGUUUACAACGAUGAUUCAGUAAAAAAUUACUUUUUGCCAAAAAUAUGGCUUUGUGUUUCUGAUGAUUUUGAUGUUUACAGGCUUUUAUCAAAUAUCAUGGAGUCCAUAACUAAUGAGAAAUUCAGUGAUUUAUCAAAUUUUGAUGUACUGGUGCGCAAAGUUCGUGAGCAGUUGACUGGGAAAAGGUAUUUGCUUGUCCUCGAUGACCUGUGGAACGAGGAUGCCGAACAAUGGGAGAGAUUACAAAGUUCCUUGGUUGUUGGAUCUCAAGGGAGUAAAAUAUUAACAACUACACGUAAAAAGCAGGUUGCGGAUGUUGUGAAGGGAAGCAUUUCUCCGUACUUCUUAGAUCAAUUACAAGCACAUGAAUGUUGGUCUAUUAUGGAGAGAAUAGUCUUUUCUCCUGGUGGAGCACUGAAGACUCCAAAUAUGAUUGCUAUUGGAAAAGAGAUCGCUGAUAAAUGUCGUGGUUUGCCACUAGCUGCAAAAUUUCUCGGUAGCCUAAUGCACUCGAAAAAUAACGAGAGCAAUUGGAUAUCUAUUAGAGAAAAUGAUAUUUGGAACACACCUGAAAGUCAAAGCAAAAUCAUACCAAUAUUAAAACUGAGUUAUGACAACUUGUCACCUGAUUUGCAGCGGUGUUUCUCGUACUGCUCGAUCUUUCCCAAAGAUUUGGAGUUCAGCAAGCAGACUCUUAUUCAACUAUGGAUGGCGGAAGGAUUCUUACAGCAUUCUAACGUGGGAAGUGAUUGCUCGGUGGAGGACAUUGGAGAUGAAUACUUUGAAAGCUUAAUGUGGAGUUCUUUUUUCGAUGGGGUGGAAAAGAAUCAGCUAGGCGACGUCAUGACAUUCAAGAUGCAUGAUCUUGUCCAUGAUCUUGCCCAGGCUGUUUUCGGAAAUAAUGAACGCGCAACUACCAAGGUAACUGAAUUGGAAAAUAUUUCUGAAGUUCGUCGCUUAAACUUAAUAAUGGAUAGGGAAUUAUCAGCAACCUUCCCUAAAACUAUAAACAACAUAAAAAAGUUGCGAACGAUUAUCAUUCUUGAAACAAAUUAUGGUUUGAACCUCGGUAGAUUCUCAAGUAAUAAACACGUACGUGUUUUACAUUUGGGUCAUCCGGCUGAAGACUUUUCCAGGAUCAGAUAUACAAAUUCUAAGUUUAAGCAAUUAAGGUACCUCCAUGUUUCCUUUAUAAGUCUAGUUGAUAAUAUUUCCUUGAGUAGACUUUACAAUUUGCGGACGCUGGUAUUAAGUGGGUGUGGUUUUGUUAAAAAUCUUGUAAAAGAGAUGGGAUCUUUGAAACACCUUAGGCACCUUGAUAUCUCAUUUACAGACAUUCAAGAAUUACCUGAUUCUGUCACUAGCCUCCCCAAUUUACAAAUACUGGAUCUACAUCAUUGCAAACACUUGAUGACCUUUCCCGACUCUAUCACUGGGUUGGAGAAUCUGAGAUUUCUCGAUAUGUCUUUUACACCUAUUGAGAAGGUACCUGAUUUUGUCACAAGCCUCUGCAAUUUGCGGACAUUAGAUGUCAAUACGUGUGAUAAGUUGACAAGUUUACCCGAGUAUGUGGCAGGUCUUAAGAAUUUGAGUAUAUUUAAUUUCAAAAACUGCCCAUUAGUAGAAGCAUUACCAAAAGAUAUUGGAGCACUGUAUCAGUUGAGAUCUCUUGACUUGGAGGGUACUAAAAUCAAAGAAUUUCCAGAGUCUUGUGCUAACCUCUACAAUCUUGAGUAUGUGGAUCUUUGUGAUUGUGAUCUUCCAAAAGAAGUAACAAGUUGGGUAAAACUGAGAAGGUUUUCUUGUCGUCAAAUGGGAACACUAAUGGGUGUUGGGAAAUUCAUUUACCUGCAAAGUUUGAUGUACAACGUGCAAGAAAAAGGAACAGACAAUUCUGAAUGUAAUUAUGGUGGUAUUGAAGAGUUAGCGAACUUAAACUUUCUUGAGGAGCUACAAAUUAUGGAACUUCAAUACGUCAAAGACCCAAUGGACGCGGAGAGAGCAAAUUUGAAAGGAAAAGAGAAUCUGCGUGAUUUGGUACUACUUUGGAGUGGAAUAGAAGAAGAAGAAGAAGGAGAAGAAGAAGAGGAAGGAGAAGGAGAAGAAGACGUAGAAGAAGGAGAAGGAAAAGGAGAACAAGACGAAGGAGAAGGAGAAGGUGAAGAAGACGAUUUGAGAGGAUUGGGUAUUUAUAACUUCAUGGGGUGUGAGCUUCCCAACUGGAUGUGUGUUCCAUCAUCUGGUACUCUUCUGAAUUUGGAUAAGUUGUUAUUCAUCGACUGUAAAAGAAUAAAACAACUUCCAGCAGGUCUUAUUGGGCAGCUCCCACGUCUCAGGUUUCUUUAUCUUACAGGAAUGUCUCUGAAGAGUUUAGAUAUCAGCGGAUUUCCUUCUUUAAUAUGUCUUGAUCUUACUAAUAUGCUCCUUCUAGAAGACUUGUGUUAUUCGCGUCCUCCUUGUCUUGGGAUUCUGAAAAUCGAUGGCUGCAAAAAUUUAACAGAAAUACCUUCGUUUCCUUCUUCGUGGAUGCUGCUAAAGCUAUAUAGGAUUGAUCACAAAUUAGUGUACUCAGUUGGGAGAAGCCAGAUGACAUCUAUCACGGAGCUAUUCUUGGAGAACAUUGGGGAGUUUAUAUACUUCCCAAUAAGCAUACUCGAAAAUAAUUGCGAUCUUCGAAUUCUGAAAAUUAAAGAGUGCAAUCAGUUUCUGGGAUUUCAAGUAAUUGAUGACGAGAAUGCUGAGGAAAAGUCCUCCGAAUUUCAUAUUGGCUCUCUUCAGGAAUUAGAAUUCAUUGAUUGUCCAGUCCUUAAGUUUCUUCCAGAUUUACGAGGAUGCACUUCUCUUCAGAAAUUAACCAUCUUCAAUUGCCCACAAGUGAAGGAGUCUUUAAACUAUGAUCUCAAGUCCCUCACAUUUGUUAAAGAAUUAUGUGCGGACGGGUACAAGGUUGUCAGAAUUUGCUACUACAGAUGUGCGGACAGGUUACACGUCCAGGGUGUCUAUGCAAAUGGGGCUCUUUAUUGGCUGAAUAUCGAGGAGCACGAGGAAGAAUUGAGUCUCGUGGCUUUCGAUUUGGCAAAGGAGGAGUUCCGUAUCAUCUCACCACCAUCAUGUUUCAAUAUAGAUAAGCCUGAAAGCUAUCAACUUGAGGUGCUGGGGGGGUAUUUAUCUGUCGUUCAUCAAACGAGAGGUGAAUAUGUGGACAUAUGGUCACUGAAGAAAGAAGGGUCUUGGAAUUGGAUAAGAUAG